AUGCACCCAGUAUUUCAUGUAUCCAUGCUGAAGAAGUGCGUGGGAGACCUGUCGUUGGUUGUUCCUGCUGACACUAUAACGGUUAAAGAUGGCCUAACCAACGAAGAAAUCCCUGUGGAUAUUCUUGAUCGCAAGUUCAGGACUAAGGAAGUAGCCUCAGUAAGAGGCUAUAUCGGAAGCCGAAAAGGACAUGAAAUUACAUAUCUGCAUUUGUUUGAGGAGCAAGCAGAGGGUGUUCAAGGUGUAUAUGAUGAACACAAUCCACUCUUAGCAAAGAAGGCUUUCGAUACCGGAGCUUACCUUUACCUAGAAAAGCCACUUCACGAGGAAAUUGUGAAACACUUAUGGCAAUUUGUAUUGAGGGAAAAGAUUCAAAAGAAAAAGUGGAGAGAAGGAUUAGAAGAAAAUGGAGUUCAGGUGAAUGUAAUUGGUCAUGCUGAUGAUAUUGCUAACAAUAAUAUUGUUGGUGAUGAAGAACAAGCUGGAGAGAAGAAUGUGCCUAAUACUGAGGAACAUAGAAAUAAUAUUCAUGAGGCUGAAAACAAUGUCGUAUCGAAUGGAAAAUACAAGUCAACAAGAAAGAAAGGUAGAAAAAGUACAAAGGAGACUAAUGAAGGAGAGAGCCAGAGCAGUGCUAAUAAGGCCGCUGUAGAAAAGGUCUUCGCAGAAUGGACAAUAGAUCUUCAUACAAAAUUCAUGAAAGUUGUGCAACAAAUAGGUGAAGGAAGUUGUUAUCCACUAGACAUUCUUAAGGUGAUGAAUGUGCAUGGUCUUACCAAGAUGCAAGUUGCAAGCCAUCUUCAGAAAUGUCGUAACAACAAUUGGAGAGCUCCAGACGAGCGAAAAUCUAUUUGUCACCUACCAGGUCAAGGAUCCUCAAGUCGUUCUCAACAAAGAAGUAGCUUUAAAAAAUUUGGGAGAAUGCCUCAUCUUCAAACAAAUAUUCCAAGUCCGCAACAACAACAACGUAACCUAGAUCAAACCCAAAGUGGCCCACAUAAUACCAACAAUAUUUACUAGAGGAGAAAGUUCAACUCAACAACAAUUCUAUCGUCCUCAACAUCAAGUUCAACCCCACUACUUCAGCAUUGUCAACCCAUUCAAUAACCUAUCUUCGUCCACUCAAAAUAGUGCUGGUGGUGGGCUACAACAACAUGGAUCAUUAUUUGGAACUCUGGGUUCACAAGGACUACAAGGCCCAAGUAUUGGGAGCACUAAUUAUAGGUCAGGACUGGCGUUCAACGGUAUGGAUCAUCAAACUCAAAAUGACUAUUACUUGGACCUCAAUGUGCCCUAUGACUUGGACCUCAACUUGCCCUAUGACUUGGACCUCAAUGUGCCCUAUGUAACAACAAAUUCAGAUAGCCCAACAACAUCCGAUGCAGACAUUGAAAAUGCGACAAGUAUUGAAUUAAGAGCGACAAAUCCUAGUUUCCAGUUAUAUAUUGGUGAAUCAAAUAUGUAUGAUCUAAGCAAUAUUAUUACGGCAUCACAUGCGAGUGAUACUGAAGGAAGUGAUUCAAAUGAGAGAAAGAAUUAUGAAGCAUAUAUGGAUUCCAAAAAUAUGGAUUAUAUCUUUCAAAAUCUUGAACCUCCAGGUGCUGACCUACCUAAUGAACAAGGAAGUGAGUUUGAUCAAGUUUAUUCUGAUGAUCAGGUUAGUGUUUCUAAUUAACUUUGUUUAUCUCGCAAGG